UCAUCUCUGAACAUACUGAGCAAAUAAUGGAAGUAAAAACCAUUUAUGAAAAUGAUGGAGAAAAAUAUCCUCCACCAUCUGGACCUUGGACACAGAGUCAGAACCGGACUGAAGCUCAAAACCGCAGUAGAAAUAGAUGCUCCUUGUUCAUCACAGUGUUACUUGGGCUCAUCUGUGUUUUACUGGUGGUUGGCAUUUUAGUGCUGUACAUCCAUCUCACAGCAGAGAGAGACCUGAUGAAGAGAAGCUACAUGAACAACGCUGAAGGCUACAAUAAAACUUCGAACAACCUGAAAAUGAAUUACAGUCAACUGACUGUUGAGAAAGAAGAGCUAAAGAAAACCCUUAGCUCUGUGAGUCAGAAGAAAUUGGAGUUGGAGACCGAUAACAAACGUUUGACUGGCGAGAAAGAAGAGCUAACGAAAAGCCUGAACUCUAUGAGUCAGAAGAAACAGGAGUUGGAGACCGAUAACAAACGUUUGACUGAUGAGAAAGAAUGGCUAACGAAAAGCCUGAACUCCAUGAGUCAGACGAAACUGGAGUUAGAGACCAACAUCAAGAAUUUGAAAGAUUCACUAAUGAAGAAAUCAGGGUCAUACAUGUAUUAUAUAUCCAGUGAGAUUAAGAGUUGGUCUGACAGCAGGCAGUUCUGCAGGGAUCGUGGUCAAGAUCUGGUCAUUAUCAACACUGAAGAAGAACAGAGACACAUAUUAUCAAUCAUCAAGGAGGACAUGUGGAUUGGUUUGUCUGACAUAGCAGAGGAAGGAAAGAUGAAAUGGGUGGAUAAUACACCACCGUAUCAAGUGUAA